UUCUUCUUUAGCUUUUUCUGUUCUGUUGAUGCGAACGUCGCAGAAGUCCUUUUAUUAUUGUAAAAUUGGCCCUUUUCUGUCUCGUCAGCGAUUGGAGUCACUGGAGCUGAAUUUAUCUAAUUUCCACUUAUAAAAGAGGGUUUAGUUUCAACUAAAAUGGCCGAUUAUUGGAAAUCAAAUGAUCGUAAAUACUGUGAUUUUUGCAAAUGCUGGAUUACUGACAAUAAAGCGAGUAUUUCAUUUCAUGAAAAUGGAAAACGUCACCGGAUGAAUGUGACUAAACGCAUAUCUGACAUAAGUCGGAAUAGUGAAAAGGCCGAACAAGAACGCCGUAAAAUGGAUAUAGAGAUACGUAGAAUGGAAGAAGCUGCUAUGCGUUCGUAUGCCAAAGAUAUCCACACUCGUGGUGAUUUGACAGCUCAUUGCAUUAGUACAGUAUUGGAGAGUCCAUCACCGAACGUUGCCAACACUGGGAUACUUAAUGGUAAACCGAAACAAAUUGAUCCAUUACGUUUGCCUGGAGAUGAUUUUAAUACAAAUAACGCGUAUCAAGAAGCUUUAAAAAAAAUCGAUCCAUCAACAAUUCCGGAGGCUUCUUUGUGGGUUGAGGGUAAAAAUGACGACAAUUGUUCCUAUUAUUGGAAUGUGAAAACGAAUGAAAGCGUUUGGCAAGCACCUAAAGAGGGCUUUCUUUCGUGGAAGGAAUUUCAGCAGAUUAAUGAUCUGGCUUUACAACAACAAGAAAUGCAACAGGCUGAAGAAGCGAAACGAUUUCGGGAAAAUGUUAAUGAGGAAGUGGCACGAUAUAAUCGAGAACGUCUUAAAUUAUAUAGGCCCAUAGAAACGGCUCAACAAAAAAAGGCGGAAGAAGAGCGUAAACAAAGUUAUAAAACGGAAGAAGAAUCCAAAGCGCCCGAAAUCGGAAAAUGGCAGGCUGUGGUAGAGAAGCCAUUUCCCGUUCCUAUUGACCUCGAAUUACCUAAGCUCGAUAAUUACUACGUCCCGCCAGUGAUUACCGACCAGCCAUCAGAACCGCCCAUCAAACGUUUCAAAGAGAAAACUGUACAAUCUUUAGAUGACGAAAUAAUAAGCGGAACCUCGUCGUCAUUUAAGAAAAGAAAAUUCGCUCCUAAAGCUUUACGUAAACCUUUAGAUGAUAAUUAGAGCCAAAGUGGAUCAUCUUUAUCUCUUGAAAGCCAAAAGGGGGCUUUCGAAUAAACGAAUCUUCCAGCAAGGUAACGAUCCGAAGUUUUAAUUGUAAAGUAGCCAGUCUCCAAAACAGCUAUAUUCUUACCAAUGAAACUUUAAAAUCUUUAACGCCGCUUUCUUUUGCUUACUGGCAUGAAAAAGUGAACGGAAUAAAAUAUUCAUGGUUCACCUUUUACUUCACUAAAAGUUAUUGCCAAGGAAAAUUACUCUACCACCAUCCUGACGUCCAUUAUAACUAAUUUAGGGUUAAUACACCUAACUUUUCGCGCUCUACUCUCCAAGAACGUUUAUUUGACAUCCAUAAUUAACGUACUACUUACAGUAUCUUUAACUAUCUAGGAAAUAACCUGCAUGUACACUUUUUUAUGGUUUUUUUUUCGGGAUUGAAGCAUAUUCUUUGUUUAUAAGUUUAUCUUAAGGCAAAAAUAUUUUGGAUUGUUAUUUAAUAUAAGUUUUUGAUUUUUUAAGAAAUAUAUUUUUUGACCGUCAUCCCCUAAAUGCCGUUUUUAAUACGAGGAGCCUUAAUUUUUCGAACAGUACGUAGACUUUACGCGGGUACUGUAUACAUACGUAUAUCUAUUAAGAGCUAUGAUUUAAGAAGAACAUUGAUUACAAGUUAUAUUUGCUGACAUGCAAGCCACUUUCAACGUUUUCCAUCAGCUAUUUACGUAAAUAAGGCCAAGUCCUUCGAAAAUUAUUGGGCUUAAAAUAAAUCGGAUAUGGUGCUGGAAUUUAAAAAUAGCGCUUGAUUUUGUAAACACUUCAAUUCUAUUGCGAAAAAGAGAUGCCUGUAUAAGAGCUUAAUUUUAUUGUCAAAUGUGUCUACCAUUCGUAUCGUAAAUAGAUGAGGAACUUAAGUAUUCAAAGAAAUACUUUUUAGGCUUUUGCAUGUAUUUAGUGUAUCUGACAAAAACAAUGCAAACGAUUUCACGAACGAAAAUUUCAUCUUUCGUUUCUCGUUCACAACAAGCCGUUGACACAUUUGAGCAUGUUUGCUGUCGUCAAACAUCGUAAGUGUUAAUCUCAGGAAGAGCAUGUACAGAAACCUGAUAACAAGUACACAAAGUAAAAUAUAACUUUGUUAUCAAAUAUUAAAUGAAAUGCAGUUCAUUGAGCCGUCAAGCAAGAUGUAGUGAACCUGAAGCCUAGCAAUAUUAUGACGUUAUUCUGCCAUGAAAGCAAGAAAACGUUCCGAAGCAAGCAAGGUUGAGCCUUGGAAUUAUUAAUAGUCUCUUUCGGAGCGUAAUAUCUCCAUUACUCGGUUUUUUUGUAUGCCUUCAAACUCGGUUCUAAAUGCUCUAAAUAAUUUUCAUAUACGGCAAAGUUCCACUUCCACUCUAGCUAAAGCUUGCUUGUAAAGAUUAGCCAAGUGCCAUAACUAAUUUGUCGAGUCAAUUUACGCAUUCUCCUUGUCCCACAUUAGCGUAGUCUUGUUCCCUAUAGGUUCAGGCAUCUACAACAACUUCGUAUUUAAAGCUGCUAACUUCACUAGCCCCACUGCCAUUAAUGCACUUAUUCUUUGUUCUGCCUUUUACUUUUCAGUCCGCUAUUAGUUCGUUCCCGCUAUUAGCACGUUCCCGCCAUUGGAGAAUUGCGCAAAUUGUGGAUUUUUCGUGGAAACUAUUUUCAAAAAAGAUACGCAAUGAAAAAGGCCUAUACAGCAAGUUGUAUUUUAUAAAUCGAGCGGAAUAUUUAAUAAAAGAAGCGAGAGAAUUUCUAAUAGAAACUCGUUUAAAACUCUCAUUAACUGCACAUGUUUUGCCUUUUCCAAAACUUAACAAUUGCUUAAUUGCUGAACAUUCAAUAAAAAAGAGACACUAAAUGCAUUUAUGAACUAAAAAGUACUUUGAAAGCCAAUCGUCGCCAUGUCAGCAGGAAAGGGAAAUUUAUGUUUAAAAGAAAAUUUUUUAAAAGAAGUGUUGUUAAGUCUUCAUUGUAAAUUUAAUUCACUGAUUUUUCGUGCGGCUGUUCUGCUUUAUUCAAUUUGUUUUAUUUUGUUUCAAAUCAAAACAACGUAACAACAAAGUUCCUUCUUUUCUUUUGAGCGAAAAAUGUGUGCACGGUUCACCGUCCUUCGCUGCACGACUUUGUUUUUUAACCUCAUCCCUCUUCAAAAAAAAAGCUUUCUCGCCUUGCUUAUCUGCGCAUACAUAUAUGUAGUUUUAGGUGCCUGCAAAUUUGCGAAAUUGCAUGCCCUAUGAUGCAAAAAGCUUCAGAAGGUCGCCAACCUUUACUAACCGGCUUUCUGGCAACUUUUGUAGCAAAAACAAAUGGUGUUAUGAGCAUAAGUAUUACCAUAAAUUUUCAUAUUUUCAUAUUUAUCAAAUAUAAAGUAAAUCUAAGGUUACUAUCUUUGAUACAUAUUCGUAUUCAACACUCCGUCGUUGUUAGAUAUCUUUUCGAUAUUAUACUUCUCAUACCAUUGAAGAAAAAUCAAAAGGUUUUCAGAAAGUUUGGGCCAUAAAUAUGUUAUCUUAUACACACACACACAUACAUUGGAAAAACAAAAGUCAGAAGAACUUAAUCUUCCAACAACCAAGAUAGCGACCAAACAUUUUCCUCAUUUUAGUCUAAAGUUUAAGGACCGUAAAGUAAACAUACAAAAGAAAUGGAAUCACAAAAAACUGAAAUUACUGCUCGUUUACUUUUUUCUUCUUCUUGUGAAUGUUUUACUUUGACAGAGUUUCGAGGGUUUUUAAUACAAAAUGCCUGGAAUUACAGAAUUCUGCCAUGUCCGAACCCUGGUUCGGAACCGAUGUACGUAUUUCAUAUGACAUAAACACUUUGGGACCUUAAAUAAAUAAUCUUGCCGUAAAGAAAAAAAAGAAAUGGCUAACAUGACAUUCGUAGGGGUUUGUGUCCUUAUUUCUCUAUAAGUAGUUUCUCUUAAUUUUCCGUAACCAAUAGUUUUCUCUGAACAAGUCUAAUUUUAUGAAUUUUAAAGCGAUUUACAAGUAAUAUUUCAAUAUUAUGUCCAAAGUUAACUAGGGCACACUGUUUCACAACAAAUUAACAUUUUUUUUGCAGCCCCCGUUUGGCACCACUGGAAGGAUUGCAUGGCAUUGUAUUGUAAAAUUUUGUUUUACUCGCUUCUGAAACAGAGAGAAAGAAACAUUGGGAGAGAGAGAGAGAGAAUCACCACUUUUUAACCAUUGCUUAUAUGAAUAUAAAUCUAAAUCUAAACAUUCCCAUCAGCCAAUUGCUUUUUCUCUUCAGUUUCUUUCACUCACAGUGCUCGCAGAAAAGUCAAACAGUCUUAUAAGCACGUACAGCAAAGACAGCAGCAAAGCAAAUGCAAAGAAUUUU